CAGAGCUAGGGGCACAAAAAUGAAAUUGCUUACUUCAUCUAAUUAAGCUACAGAGCGAUGCAGCCGUUUAUCAUCUUCUAUCAUCUUCUAUCUGAAUAUUACUUAUUGCAUAAUACCGGGGUUUUUUUUUACGUCACCCUUCCGUUUCAGAAAAACUGAAAUGAUGGCAGAUAAAAAUUGUUGAUGCGUUGCUUUGAAUGUGGGUUAUGGUUAACAGAGGGAGAGAGAGACAUCGACUGCUUGCCAUGAAGCUAUUAGCCAACAGUGACAUUGAGGAAACACCAUUGGACCCUAAUCUUCUCAUGGGGCGCAGUUUCAUCGACAACCAAAACGGGACAGAAUCUUUGUAUUUAGUUCCUGAUAGAUCUAAAAUAUUGUGUGGAGCAAUGAUUUACGUCAUAUUCAUCCUCAGUAUCAUAGGAAAUGGUCUCCUCUUCCAUGCUCUUUUCCGCAACAUGAACGUGAAGAAUGUCACCAACAUGUAUUUCCUCCACCUUGCCUGCUCGGAUGUACCCAUAACAAUCGCCCUGCCGUUCACGGCCACUGGGCUGAUCAACGGUUGGUCCUUUAGUGAAUUAAUCUGUAAGCUUGUUGUAAGUUUAUAUUACAGUGGGAUGACCUCAAGUAUCAUACUAUUGACCGCCAUAUCAGUGGAUCAGUUCAGCACUGUUGUCAUCCAGAAUGGGUGCAUCGUCCCAGUGAAGAGACGAAGGUGUGCCAUUGGAGCCUGUACGGUGACCUGGAUGGUCAGCCUGGCUGUGGUUGUCCCUUGCCCCUUCUAUUCAAAGGUAGUGAGGCUAGAGGAUGAAGCUAUGUGCUUUUCUCACCAAAUUCACACCUUUUUUUCUCUGCUCUCAAUCUGCUUGUUUGCCGUCAUUGUGUUCUGCUAUUCGGCAAUUCUCUGGACUAAGGUGAGGGCUUCAACCAGAAAGAAGCUCAGGACUGCAUCCCUCGCAUUAUGUAUAUCUGUAGCCUUCUUUGUUUGCUGGGCUCCUCAUACUAUAUUGAUGAAAACUAGUUCCAAGGAGUUGGAUGUGAAGCAAACAUUUGCAUAUCAUGUCACGUUUAUAGUGUCUCUCUCUCAUUGUUGUAUCAAUCCCAUGAUCUAUAUGAUGUCACCGAAGUACCGUAAACAUGUACAGAGUGUCUUUUGUUGUGAAAAGGUGCACACAAAGAGAUAGAGAUAGAGUUAAUUAUCGUAAUGUUUAAUGGGAAUGCAGAGUUUGAAUGCAUGGUAUAUUGUAUAUGGAGUGUGUAUGCCAUUCUAUUAUGGCCAAUGUGGUCAUCGUUGUGCAAAUAUUAUUAACCUGCAAAUGUAUACAUACAAAGAUUGUUGCUUGAUGUUUUAAUAAAAUAAGAAAUCCUA